AUGGCUAAGGACGUGUGCAUGCUCUGCCACCAGACCCAGGCAGACACCGACAUCUGUGGCAACAUGAGCGUGAAGGCCCAGCUCUGUGUCCACACCUACUGCCAGAUCUUCGCCACUGGGCUUUUCCCACAAGAGGACACUGGACACUUCCUCCUUGAGGACACCAAGCACGUCAUCAGGGAAGCAGCCAAGAAGAGCUGCUUCAUCUGCUGCAAGAUGGGAGCUAGCAUCACCUGCUGUGAGACCAGCUGCCCCCGCACCUUCCACCUGCCCUGCGCCCCAGACGGCGAAUGCAUCACCCAGUAUUUCGGGACCUACAGGUCCUUCUGCUGGGAGCACCGCCCACAGCAGGCACUGCACCCACUUCCCAGCCAGGACAACACCUGCAGCAUCUGCCUGGACACCGUGGAAGACAGAAUCUCCUACAAAACCAUGGGGUGUCCCGCGUGCCAAGACACCCGCUUCCACCGGCACUGCAUCCAGAGACUGGCUCUGCACUCCGGCAUCGCCUUCCGAUGCCCGUGCUGCCUGAACCAAGAGCUGUUCAUGAUGGAAAUGCUCACCAUGGGGAUCCGACUCUCCAAGAGCCCACCACCAUGGCAGAGCGACCAGGAGGCUGGACCCUCACAGCAGAGGCACGGCCGCUGCGAUGCCGCCACGUGCCUGUGUCCAGGCGGCAGGGAGCACGCCGAGGCAGACGGCUCCUGCGCUGCCCGGGGCACCCACCGACACUGCCCCUCUUUGGGCAAUGGCAAGUACACCUGGGAGUGCAACACCUGUGCUGGCACUGACUCUGGUUCCACUGGCAAAGCAGAGCUUGUGAGCCCCACAACUUCCAGACAAGUGCUGUCAGCACUGUCCCAGGGCUCGUUGCUCCUGAGGAGUAGCUGCUCCAUCAGCCCUCGGCAGGCCGUCAAGCGGCGCUACCCUGAGGAAGAAAUCCCAUCCCGCACAACGUACAGGCCUCCCGCAAAACGCCGCAGGAUGGAGGACGGGCCAGCCCACAGGGCUCACACCAGCAAGCCCAGCACCUCCACCAAGGCACCAUCACAGCUGCCCUAG